GUAGGCGGUCCAACCCUCUCCCCUUGGCCCUUAUUUCUGCAAAGAACGGACACAACCGCUGUAUUUCUGUCCCGUUCUCUGUACAAGACCCAACCUAUCCUCUCUCUUGCGCGCGCUCUCUGUUUUUUCAUCGUCGGCUGUUCUUCCAUAGGCGCCGACCUUUUUUCAGUAUUUCUUUGAUCAAGGCACUUUUUAAAGUGGGCAACUGGAGAGCGGAUCUGAACUGAGGUCCUGAUUUCUCUUAAGGGUUUAUUAGCAUGAUCUGCUGCUACAUUGAAGAACUAUAAUCCAGUAUUCAUGUAGGCAGAACAAAGUAUAUGGCACUAACUGCAGAAUUGGGGAGGUUUCUCAGUCUUUCUAGAACCCGUCAUUGAGCCACCGAGCAGUUGAUGCGAUUCAUCUAUCUUAGUUAUGGCAUCAGUCAACUUGACUUCGUGUUUACAGUUGCUACUAAUACAGCUCUGUUCACUGUCUCUGUUAAGGUUGUCGUUUUCUGGCAGAUUCCAGUUUCGGCACAUAAUUUGUUUGUAGCUUUUUGGUGCUUGUUAAUGGGGCAUAGACAUUUAUUCAGCACAUCCCAAUCAUUAGAGAACGAGCAUGAUCAGAACUGGAACCAUAUACAUGCCGAGCAACAUUUUGUGAAUCUUGCUGGGGCCGGUACAUCAGACAAUGGUUCGUUCUUUUAUCCUGUGGAAAAUAUGUCUCUAGAUGGAACACAUUUUGCUUCUCACUGGAGCCCUGCACCACGGUCAACUGCAAAUCCUUCCUCGAGUCACAAUGCAGAAGUACUACCUUAUCAGCCAGAUGCAUCUGGCCCAUCUCAUGAUCCUUUUGUGCAUCUGCCAACUGCUGGAACAUUUUCUACAGUUCCAGAUUCUUAUGCGCAACAUGCAUCUUCUUCUAAUUAUGAGUGGCCGACAUUCCAUGGUGUUGAGGGCAGUUUUGUUGAUCUUACAGUGCCAAGUGGAAGGGGGCCUCAAAAGCGAAAAAGUCCUGGAAUUCCUUCAGUCUGUGAGAGAGGCAGUACAAGCAGAUACUACAAUGCUGGAAGUUCUCCUGAUCUUCCAUCAUCUUCAGAACUGAGGCUGGAGAAAUCAAGUAUUGAUUCUCAGUGCAUGCCUUGGGAUCACAUUACCAUGAAUCCCAUUUAUAGAGGCAGUGGCCUUUCAAUUAGGGGUGAGGGCUCUUUGAGGAAUGUCAGAAGCCGGUCUGCACUUGAUUUGGAAUCAAACCUCGCUAGGACCCAUCUGUCGACCAACCCUUCCUAUUCUGUAAGCCACCCCAUUGACCAUUCCAGCCCUGUGGAUGUUUUGGUUCAGGCUUCUAGUGCUUUGACACGGGAUCGGAGUCUAAUUAACAUGUCUCCUGCAACUGGAAGGGUUAUAGUUUCAGAUACGAGCAGCUUCAACCAUGAGACGGAUCAAUUCCAUGUAGGAAGCAGUUCUAGCAACCCUUCUGCUGAGAUUGGGGGAUAUCAUCAUAAUUUUAUUACGAGCAGAAAUCCAGUUGCUCCUCAAAAUUUUCAUGCUAGUUCAACCCAGUCUGUGAGGGGUGUUCGUAGUAGUAGCUUUAGUCAAAGAUCUAGCCCAGCUUUCAGGGCUUCUUCAAGCAGCUUACGCCUGGGGCAUGCGGCACCUUCUGAUGGAGGACUACAGUUGGUGGCCGAAAGUUACUCCCCAAGACAUCCAAGGCCAUUGUCCACCAUAGGGUGGCGUAAUGGUGACCGCAAUGGGAGGUCGAGGAUAUCUACUGGAAGAUAUAGGUCACUGCCUAAUGAAGCAGGUGUCCAUGAUCGGUUUUCAUCUGAGGGUUUUAUGAUUGUCGAUCGCUCAGCUUGGUAUGGGCCCAGAAAUAUGUUUGAUCAGCAUAGAGACAUGAUGCUAGACAUAGACAACAUGAGCUACGAGGACCUUCUUGCACUGGGGGAAAGGAUUGGGAAUGUGAGCACGGGUCUGUCUGAAGACUUAAUAUCAAAAUGUUUGAUAGAAACAAUUUAUUGUUCAUCGGAUCAGACCCAAGAGGAAGAAACUUGUGUGAUCUGCCUGGAAGAGUACAGGGAUAGAGAUGGUGUUGGGACUCUGAAAGCUUGCGGCCAUGACUACCAUGUUAGCUGCAUCAAGAAAUGGUUGUCUAUGAAAAAUCUAUGCCCAGUAUGCAAAGGUUCUGCUCUGGCUGAUAAUAUGAAGGACAAAUAACUGAGUAAUGUCUCAUGUUGUUGUUUACCAUAUUCUCAUUCUUGUAUAUAAAUAUAUAUAUUUAUAUAUAUACGACGAUAAUCCCUCAAAAAGGGUAGACAUUUGCUUUACCAGCCGAUGCCAAUUCAUUGUUGGUCUUCCAUCUUGAUUAUGAGAAGCCUUUAAAUGUUAUUUUGGUUUUUGGACUUUCAUUCAAUGAAAAGUUUCAGUCCUCUUCAUCUCC